CACUCCAUAGGAUCUAGGAAAAGGUGAAGCCGUUAUGAAGCGCUACGUGCCACGAGCCUUCUUGAUUACGAUUCGUUACCACUUUGUGUUGAUAUGCUGGAUCUGGUGGAGCUGUGUCUACUCGUCUGAGCUAGGACCUGAGGAUUGUGGGACAACUGUGAACCUUACCAGUGUCAAUAACACCAUCAUCUAUGUACCCAAUGGGACGUCGUGUUUUCAGUGUGAAACUGACAUUUUUUUUUCAAUGAAUAUGUGUUUCGAUUCAAUGACACAGUAAUCAAUUCCACCAAUACCUUGGCAAAAGUAGUGAAGAAUGACACACAGGGUAUCGACUCACUUGUAGUGUUUGACAGUGAGAGUGCGUUCAGUACAUUUUCAGUUACUUAUGUACAGUGCUGUGAGGACAAUGAUAUUACUAUGGUGCAAGACGAAUUAUUAUGCAGGUUGAGUUAUAUCAUGGCCAAAGUAGGAGUUUUCUUUUAUUAUGCCUUUAAUCCUCCUCUAAUUAUGGGAGAAACUACAAUAAUCAAAGGAAGUCCACUACAUCUAUUGUGUGAUGGGUCAAACUCAGACCCUCAACCAACUUUACAAUGGAUCUCUCCUGAUGGGAAGAUGGUCAGUCAGAGUGGAGAACUUGAUAUAGUGACUACCACCAGGAGUAUGACUGGGAUAUACACCUGUGUAGCUACUCUCCCUCACUCCACUGCUACUAUGAACUCCACUGUCAACAUCACCAUAGUUUCAAUUGAAUGUCCAACAUUGAAGUCAACAGACGCCAUCAUAGUAAACAUGAGCUCCACUGCAAUGGGCAGUACUGCUACCUAUCAGUGUAGAGAUGGUCCCACUGAUGUGUACACUACUCAGUGUACCAGUACUGGAGUAUGGGACCCUCACCCUCUCUCUACUCUGGACUGUAUUGAGUCUAAUGAGCCAGGACAAACGUCUACUCUUCAACCAUGUCAAGUUGGAGUAAUAAUUCUCUCUCUCAUUGUCUUGGUUCAAACUGGUCUGCUAGUGGGAGCACUUGUGAAAAUAGUACUUCUUACAAAGAAAGGAUCAGAGCAGAGAAAAAGAGAAGAGCGGUUAGAGAUGGAUUUCAAUGUGGCUUACGGAACUCCAAAAGAGAUCAUGGCAUGCAGGACAAGCAAGUGAACUGACUUAGUACACACAAGAAAACUAUACAGUGUAGCUGUGUGCCCACUAACAGUAACACACCAAGUGUGCAAAUUGAAAACUAACUACGUAGUCGGCCACACGCAGAGCGCAUGCGCAAAAAUGUGACGACGAUCGAUCGCGCGCGCUGAACCUGCACGGACCGCCCCACUCCGGCUUACAACAUCUGUCUCCCGCUCAUAUGGGGAGCUCUAGUGGAAAAAGGUGAAGCCGUUAUGAAGCGCCACGUGCCACGAGCUUUCUUGAUUACGAUUCGUUACUUUGUGCUGAUGUGCUGGAUCUGGUGGAGCAGUGUGUACUCGUCUGAGCUAGGACCUGAGAUUGUGAGAUAACUGUGAACCUUACCAGUGUCAAUAACACCAUCAUCUACGUACCCAAUGGGACGUUGUGUUUUCAGUGUGAACGUGACAUGUUUUUUGCCAAUGAAUAUGUGUUUCGAUUCAAUAACACAGUAAUCAAUUCCACCAAUACCUUGGCAAAAGUAGUGAAGAAUGACACACAGGGCAUCGACUCACUUGUAGUGUUUGACAGUGAGAGUGCAUUCAGUACAUUCUCAGUUACUUAUGUACAGUGCUGUGAGGUCAAUCAUAUUACUAUGGUGCAAGACAACAAAUUAUUAUGCAGGUUGAAUAUUAUAUCAUGGCUAAAGUAGGAAUUUUCUUUUAUUAUGGUGAGGUCAUAGUAUUUUUCAUGCAUGAAACCUUAAUACAUUACACAUCCACUAGCCUUUAAUCCUCCACUAAUUAUGGGAGAAACUACAAUAAUCAAAGGAAGUCCACUACAUCUAUUGUGUGAUGGGUCAAACUCAGACCCUCAACCAACUUUACAAUGGAUCUCUCCUGAUGGGAAGAUGGUCAGUCAGAGUGGGGAACUUGAUAUAGUGACUACCACCAGGAAUAUGACUGGGAUAUACACCUGUGUAGCUACUCUCCCUCACUCCACCGCUACAAUGACUGCCACUGUCAAUAUCACCAUAGUUCCAAUUGACUGUCCAACACUAAAUUCUACGGAUACCAUGAUAGUCAACAUGAGCUCCACUGCAGUGGGUAGUACUGCUACCUAUCAGUGUAGGGAUGGUCCCACUGAUGUGUACACUACUCAGUGUACCAGUACUGGAGUAUGGGACCCUAGCCCUGACUGCACAUCGAAAGAAGCAGAAUCUCUCUUUGAGAGGUAUAGUAAGUGGCUACCGUGGGGAGCAGGGGCAGUGGGACUUCUCCUGCUCUGCUGCAUCACCACCUGUGCUGUGAUAACUGCUGUGUGUGUCUGCAAGAGAAGCAGGAGAAAGGGAAAACAGUACCUUCUGAGAGAAAAUAGUGAUCAACAGCAGCAAAUGGCAGUGAAAAAUUCCCAAUACUUGCCUGUGGUCAAGAAAACAUCAGAAGGAACAACAGCAACAACAACACUAAAUGGAUGGUCUUUCGUGAUAGAGUCACAGCUAACAACACCGGCAGAGCCCAACGGGAAACCCUCAGAGCCCCAGCCUACCACCACACCUCCCAUUCCCCUGGGACAGUACUCAAUGAUCACGACCAUACCAGAACCAACUAGUGAGGUAUUUGGGUCAUAUUCUGACUCGCAGGAUGAACUAAAACAAUCACCUGUGCCUCAGCCACCAGAAGUACCACAAGAAACCAGAAAGCCAAAUGGACAGCAGCAGUAUUCUAUUGUUCCAGAGCACACAACAGGACUAAUCGGUGCAUACUGUGUAGUCCAGACAGUGGAAGAAAACCCGACACCUGAACCCAGCAGAACAGUAGCUCAGAAACCACCACAAGGGAAUCAACAAAAGGGUCUGCUGUAUGUGGAAGUGAGUCUAAAUACAGAAGGAGGUGGUUUUGGUCUGGUUGCAGAUAGAGUUGAGUAUGCCGCUCUGGACCUCAAUGCCAUGGCCAGCCAACAACCACCACCUCCUCAGACACCUCCUCCAACACAUGAUCUAGAUUCAAAGGUGAGUCUGGACCAGAUCCUCAUUCAGUUGAGGGAAGUCACUCCUCACUGGAGGAGACUGGGAGAGGCAGUUGGUGUACAGAGGCUGGACGAAAUAUCUGAAUAUGUGGGUAGUGAGAGUGAGGCAAUGGUGGAGGUGGUGGAUGGAUGGCUGGCCAACCUCCACCCCAACAAGCCCACGUGGAGGGAGAUAGCUGAUGUGGUGGACAGCAUUGGUCACCAUGACCUGGCUCACUCCCUCAGACAGGUCUAUGUCUCAGGUUCACUGCCCAUAAAAGUGAGCAACGAUCUGCCAGAGUCUCUGGUGGUCAGAGAAUUUAAUCCAACUCCUCCACUUCCCCCUCGUGGAGCUGACGAUGAACAACUUCCCUCACCGUUACCUGCAAGAACUCUUAUUUAACUGCUGUGUGCAUGCAUAUACGAGUUUUUUUACAUUCGCCGCUCUAUUGUCCGCGCCCAUGC